AUGAUUAUUAAAAGAAAGUCUAACUAUGAUUUACAUAAAUUAGAGAAUCUUUGGGAGGUUUAUAAUGAUUUACGGAAUCUAAAAUUGCAACAAGAAAAUAGCAAAUCUAAACUAUCUAAAGAAUUAUCAGAAUUAUUAAAAUUGAAGAAUGAAGGAAAUGAAGUUGAAAAAUUUAAAAUUCAAAUUAACUUAAUUAAAGAAAAUAUAAAGAACUUAAAAAGUCCCCUAUGGUCGGCUGAAGAGGCAGCAAUGGUUGAGGCUUUAAAUGUGCCCAACUUACUGCAUAAAUUGACACCAGACCAGGAAAACAAUGUUAUAUUUCAACACAAGUCACCACCCAGCACCAAAAAGGAUCAUAAUGUGGUUGGGAAACAGAAAAAUCUUAUUAAAUAUGUACAAAAUACCCAUAAUUUAGUUUACCUGUUGGGAGAUGCAGCAUUAUUCGAGUUAGGUUCAAAGUUUUACUUUAGUGACUACCUCAAAAGAAGUAAUUAUAUCCAGUUUUCCAACCCAGAUUUUGUUAAAAGUUUGGUUGUGGAAGGUUGCGGUGUAGAUCAUACAGAUCCUACAUCUACAUUUAUUCUUCAUCACAAUGAUGAUACUGUUUUUAACAAAGAUAAAAGAUUGCAUUUGACUGGUGCAGGCUCUCUAUAUUCAUUCUUGGCAUAUCAUACAAAAAAUGUUAUAUAUGGUAAAGUUUUACCACUUAAAUAUUUUUCUUUAGGUAGGCAAUACACUCCAACAGGUAAAGAAGAAAACCAUAGUUUGUUUAAUCUCAGUCAAUCUUCAGCUGUUCAAAUAUUUGGAGUUGCAAGGGAUAAUAAUGAAUUAGAGGAACUGCUUGAGGAGAUUUUAUGUAUGGUUAAGACAUUAUUUAAUGAGCUAGACUAUCAUUACAGAUUGAGUUAUGUGGCAGCUGAUAAAAUACAUGUGUGGGAAUCUUUAAGAGUUUCAAUUGAAAUGUACUCUACUUCUCUGAAGAAGUACAUAGAAAUCGGUCACCUUUCUCUUAUUGGAGAUUUUAUGAGCAAAAGACUUCUGUUCACCUACACAGAUAAUAAAGAAGCUAAGUUCCCACAUAUUUUAUCAGGUACAAUUUUGAAUGUCCCAAAAUUUCUAGGAUGUGUUUUAGAACAGGAUGAGGAAUUUUCUAUUCCAGAUGUAUUUAGAGUGGAAAAUUGGCCAAAAAAAGCAAUGUAG